AUGACUAAGCCACUCCUCAUCCCAAACAAAGGCGUGGCCGCCGUCUUCUUGUUCGCCUUCGCUUCCCUCUAUACGCAGAUCCCGGGCCUGUAUGGCACGGAGGGCAUCCUUCCUGCACGAAGGACACUGCGACCGCAGGGCAAGGGGCCCUGGCAGCAGCUGUGGGACACCCCGACACUGCUGUGGGAGGCGCCACGACUGGGGCUGGACACCGCGCAGGGCCUGGAGCUGCUGUGUCUGCUAGGCACCCUGCUGGCCCUCGGUGCGCUGCUGCUGCGCCAGCUGCGCCACAGCCUCAUCUACCUGCUGCUCUGGGCCGCCUACCUGUCGGUCUGCCAGGUGGGCCAGGUGUUUCUUUAUUUCCAGUGGGAUUCUCUGCUGCUGGAGACUGGCUUCCUGGCUGUGCUGGUGGCCCCCCUGAGGCAGCCUCCCUACCAUAAGCAGCCCCUGCAGGGCAGGCUAGCUGGGGCCUCACCCCACGAAGGCCUCCCCUUCUGGCUCGUGCGCUGGCUGCUGUUUCGCCUCAUGUUCGCCUCGGGUGUGGUCAAGCUGACCAGCCGUUGCCCCGCGUGGUGGGGGCUCACUGCCCUCACCUACCACUACGAGACGCAGUGCCUGCCCACGCCUGCCUCCUGGUUUGCCCACCACCUGCCUGUCUGGCUGCACAAGCUCAGCGUGGUGGCCACCUUCCUCAUCGAGAUCGCGGUGCCCCCUCUGUUCUUUGCCCCUGCUCGCCGCCUACGUCUGGCUGCCUUCUACUCCCAGGUCUUGCUGCAAGUCCUGAUUAUCAUCACUGGUAACUACAACUUCUUCAACCUGCUCACCAUGGUGCUUACCACCUCCCUUUUGGAUGACAAGCACCUGGCUGCCGAGUCUGGCAACAGCCGCCACAAAAAGACACCUGCCUCCUGGCCCAAGGCCCUGCUGGGCCUGCUGGGCCUGUUGUUGGAACUGACUGUCUAUGGGCUGCUGGCCUAUGGCACCGUGCACUACUUUGGCCUGGAGGUUGACUGGGAGCAGCACACCGUCCACUCCAGAACCACCUUCACCUUCCACCAGUUCUCCCAGUGGCUGAAGAUGGUGACCCUGCCUACCAUGUGGCUGGGGGGCGCCUCCCUCGCCUGGGAACUGCUAGCUGCCCUCUGGAGGUGGACCCAGGUGCGAGGGUGGCUCCGGCAGCUCUGUACUGCAGUCCAGCUGUCCAUCUUUGGCGCUGCCACCGUGGCCAUGUUCCUGGUCAGCCUGGUGCCAUACUCCUACAUGGAGCCCUCCACCCAUGGGCGCCUCUGGACUGGGGCACACAGCCUGUUUGGGACCGUGGAGCACCUGCAGCUGGCCAACUCCUAUGGCCUCUUCCGACGGAUGACCGGUCUGGGUGGGCGGCCUGAGGUGGUGCUGGAGGGCAGCUAUGACGGGCACCAGUGGACAGAGAUUGAGUUCAUGUACAAGCCUGGGAACGUGAGCCGGCCGCCCCCAGUUGUGGUGCCCCACCAGCCGCGCCUUGAUUGGCAGAUGUGGUUUGCAGCCCUGGGCCCACACACGCACAGCCCGUGGUUCACGAGCCUGGUGCUCUGCCUGCUGCAGGGCAGUGAGCCAGUGAUCCGCCUUAUCCAGAACGACGUGGCCAGGUACCCCUUCCAUAAGCAGCCACCCACCUACGUGCGGGCCCAUCGCUACAAGUACUGGUUCUCACAGCCUGGAGAGCAGAGCCAGUGGUGGCGACGCCAGUGGGUAGAGGAGUUCUUUCCACCUGUGUCCCUGGGGGACCCAAAGCUGGACUCACUGCUCAGGCAGUUUGGCCUCCAGGACAAGAGCCCACGCAGGGCCCGCAGCUCCAACAACAGUCUUGCCCACGCCCUCCACUGGGUACGGAAACAGCUGUUUUCCCUGGAAGCCCCUACCCUGCUCUGGGGACUCAUCCUCACAGUGGGAGCCAUUAGGGUCAUGCAGGCCCUUCUGGGGCCCCGGUCCUCCCCUCCCCCCAGGGAGGAGAAACACAGGCCAGCACCCAAGAAGGACCCGGGAGCUGCCACUGACCAGGCUGCUCCAGCCACCAACAACCACAACAGUGGCUCUCAGACCUCCCGGAGGAAAAAGUAGCCACAUUCUGUCUGCCACAUGUCCAGAGAGAGUCGGGGUCCCUGGCACAUUUGUGACCAUCGAACACAACACAGCCCAGCCACAGUGCCUUAGCCAAUUGUCCUGGCAGACGCAGGUUGGGGUGCUGCCCUCAGGGGCAGGCUCUGGCUGCCCUGCUGCUUCAAGGGCCCACUUAUCCCUCAUGCCAACCAUGUCCCUCCCCAGGGCACCCUUUGACCUGGAUAAUGGCCCAGGAGGCAGGAGUAUGAUCAGCUCAGAGCCCUUCCCAGGACAUUGUAAUCAGGACUGGGGCGUCCAAGUCUGUAGGGGCCUGGGUCUGAUGCCCAACCCCGGCACCUGCACAAGAGGAGAGACAGCCCUGACAUGUCAUCUCCAUGCCAGUCCAGCCCAUCAUUCCUAUUCAUGAGCCAAUAAAGGCUUCUUUGUGCUUGA